CUGUAAUUGUGUUCAUUAAAUAUGAAAUACUUUGGUGUGUUGUCGGUUAAUUAAGCUUAGAUAAAGAGAAUAAUAUUGGAAAAGUUAUAUUUGCAUGUAAUUUACCUGGAGAAGUUUUAAAAUCAUAGAGAAAACAGAUCGCGGAGUAAUAAGAGUACGUCACGGUGGUCCCGUUUGAUGUUCGUUCAUCACAUUUCAUUCUGUUGUCAGUUGAUUUUGUUAUAUAGGACAGUACACAAGAAAAGUGAAUACAAGGAAAAUACACAUACAAAUGUCGCGCUUUUUAAUGAUGACAACCAAGGAUCUUAAUCAACCUACAUCAAAAUAAUUUCACACGAUGUAAGAUAAUAGGUAAAUGUAAACAACAGUUAUCUUAGAUAUAUAACUUUGUGUCGUCUGCUCGGAGUUUAAAAUACCAGCUAUUCGGAUGGAGUAAUAUAAUAAACAUAUACUAUGUGGUGGAUUACUGUGAUUUUGAUACUGGUGAUUCGAUCACAUAAUGGUGAUUCGUUUACACCUCUGGAUCAUUACCACUACAACAGGUGCACUCCAAUCACGAUCCCGCUCUGCCUGAACAUGAGGUACAACAUGACUAGGAUGCCGAACCUGGUCGGACAUACCAACCAGAAGGAUGCAGCGAUGCAGGUUCAUGAAUUUAUACCAUUAGUUCAAGUCGGCUGCUCGAAAUAUUUAAAAUUCUUUUUGUGUUCACUGUACGCGCCGAUGUGCACUGACAUGCAACAGACGGGUGAUGAGCGCGAGACCAUGGUUGUCCCGGCUUGUCGGUCCAUGUGUUUAGAAGUGAAAAGCAAGUGCGAACCUGUCUUGAACAGACUAAAAUUUAAGUGGCCACCAGCCUUAGACUGUGGUCAGUUACCAGAGAAAAGCGAUCCAAAGAAAGGCGUUUUGUGCAUGGAGGCCCCCACUGACACUGAAGAUACUGAGGAUCUCGGGACCAUUGGACCAGAGAGCAAGAUAAACGAUGAGUGGUUAAGAUAUUUUGAACAACUACGAGAUAACACUAAAUAUGGCCUGAUUAAUAACAAACCGAAUAAACCGAAAAACAAGAAUAAAGUAGAUGUCAAUGUAUAUAUGCCACCGCCUGUUAUCUGCCCUGACAGGUAUGUCUACGUCGAUAAGAUACAAAAAAGAAACAAUUCAUGUGCGCCCAGAUGUAAAGUGGACGUGUAUUUUAAACAAGAAGACAAACAUUUUGCCGAGAUUUGGACAAUAGUUUGGGCUUCUAUUUGUUGUCUUUCUACUACGUGCACCGCUCUCACAUUUCUUAUAGACACACAACGCUUUAAAUACCCUGAACGUCCUAUUAUAUUCCUGUCAAUGUGCUACGCGAUAUAUUCAAUAGCUUAUGUGAUCCGUGCCGUUACAGGUCCCGAAGAUAUAUCUUGCGAUCAAAGAAGAGACGGAUCGGAAUUUCUUAUACAAGAAGGUCUAGAGAGCACCUGGUGUAUUAUAGUGUUCCUUAUAUUGUACUUCUUUGGAAUGGCUGGUUCCCUGUGGUGGGUCAUAUUGACAAUAACAUGGUUCCUGGCUGCCGCGAGAAAAUGGGGACAGGAAGCUAUAGAGGUCCUAAGCAGUUACUUUCAUUUAGCUGCUUGGGCCAUACCUGCCGUAAAAACUAUUAUAAUUUUGAUCAUGAGACGGGUAGAUGGGGACGAACUGACGGGACUGUGCUAUGUUGGAAACCAAGAUAGUAUGGCUUUAACAGGCUUUGUCCUGAUACCUCUUAUUAUAUAUUUAUUAAUUGGAACCUUUUUCCUGUUAUCUGGUUUUGUUGCUUUAUUUCGAAUUAGAAACAAUCUAAGACACGAAGGAACAAACAUCAGAAAGUUAGAAAAGUUAAUGGCGAAAAUUGGUAUCUUUUCUGUUUUAUAUACCGUGCCGUCAACGUGUGUUAUUGGAUGUUUAUUUUAUGAAAAGUUGAACAUGGAAACAUGGCGAUAUAUAGCCAUGAAUUUAGACUGUAGAAUAACUGAAAGCGGUAUGAAAGAUUGCCAUCUGGACCGCUCAAUUCCUUCAGUCGAGGUGUUUAUGCUAAAAUAUUUCAUGUGGCUAGUGGUAGGAAUAACCAGUGGCAUGUGGAUAUGGAGUUAUAAAACUAUUGCUUCGUGGCAAAAAUUCUGUACAAACAGAUUUACUCGCCGGAAAUCAAAUCUAGGAGUUCAUGGACAAGUUGGCUACCACCAGGCGCCGGUGGCGGAUAUAAAUCGAGGACAUAAGCAUGUGCCAAAGACUUCUUCCUCUUUAACAAGUGGAGGAUCGCGGAUAUAAAUAUUUGUUGUUUUGUGUCAAAUUUAUGUGUUUUAUUGUUAUUAAUGUGCAUUCAUCGCUGAGAAACACAAAUCAUUGAAAACAAUAACGUCAUUCUUAUCAUGUAGGUUUAAAACCAUCACUCAUUUGCGUUUUUUUGAAUUUAGAAUUCAAUGAGAUUAAUGUCAAUUUGAAACAAAUUCUGUUACCGUAGUUAUAGUUUGAAAUUGUCAUUGCAAGAUAUUGAGAAAAUGUUAUGAGAAUUUGAUAAAUUAAAAUACCAAAUGUUA